CGCCGCUCUUUUGUCUCUUGCUGCAGCGGCGCGAGUGGGAGCACCCGGAACCUCGGCUGGGAGCGGGACGCCUCGGAUCGUUUUAAGAAAAUGGCAGACAAGCCGGACAUGGGAGAAAUCGCCAGCUUCGAUAAGGCCAAGCUGAAGAAAACGGAGACGCAGGAGAAGAACACCCUGCCGACCAAAGAGACCAUUGAGCAGGAGAAGCGGAGUGAAAUUUCCUAAGAGCCUGGAGGAUUCUCCAACCCCGUCAUCUUUGAGACCCAAGUUGUGAUGUGGAGGAAAAGCCACCUGCAAGAUGGCACGAGCGACAAACUGCACUGUGAACCCGGGCACUCCGCUCCGAUGCCACCGGCCUGUGGGUCUCUGAAGGGACUACCAAAUUCUCCGGUUUGCCCUGGAUAUUAUAGAAAAUUAUUUGUAAUGAUUAAUGAAAAUAAAACACACCUCGUGGCA